UUGAAUGGUGCAAAAUAGGGCAUGAAAAGUAUCCUUUUUCCGUGAUUCAUACACCAAUGGAGCUGGUACAAGAUUACGAACAGCAAUACGCUGUGCAGACGGCUGAAAUUACUGCCCAAAUCGGUCGGAUCGCUGCAUGUAGUGGCGCGGAACGAAACAAACUCAUUUCGGACAUUGACCGCCAGCUGGAAGAAUCACAAGAAUUGCUCGAGCAAAUCGGACUAGAAAUUCGUGACAUCCCGCAGACUUCCCGGGCCGCCUAUACAUCCCGAUUGAACUGCUAUCAGGCCGAAUGGAAACGAUUGCAACAGGAAUUCAACAAUGCAAAGAUAGUGCGCUCGAAGGCGGGUUACGAUUCGUCCGUUGACGAAUUUGACGAAGUCGGCAUACAGGAAGAUCAGAAACGUCGGCUGCUCGAUAACACGGAGCGAUUAGAACGGACCGGCAACUAUCUUAACGAUGCAUACCGGGUUUCGAUCGAAACGGAACAGGUUGGUGCGCAGGUCUUGGCCGACCUGAGCCAACAGCGCGAAACCAUACAGCGGUCACGUGGAAGGCUUCGCGAAGCCGACGCCGAUUUGAGUCGAUCUUCGCGGAUUCUGAACUCAAUGAUAAUGCGUGCAAUGAGGGACAAAUUCAUCCUCGUUGUGGUAGUUGUCGCUAUAUUUCUAGUACUUGUUUUAAGUAUUUAUUUUUCCAUUUCCUAAACUCCAUUGACCGGAGGCAGUCCAGUUGAUUUUUAAUUUGUUUUUUUGCUUUAAACUUGUUAUAUAGCAGCUUAGGUAGGUACGAAAUGCUUUUAGUUAAGCCCCGUUUGAAUGCUUUGUGAUAUGUACCGUUAACAGAUUGUAUUUUACUUUUCUGCUAAAGAAUCCAGUAAAUAUGUUUCCAUUCUAAUGCAGUAUCAUUGAUAGAUAUA